CGCUGCGCCCCGCCUCCGACCAAUCGGCACCAGCUGUCCCGCCUCCUGCGCUUGCCUCCGACCUAUCCGGAGCGCCGGCGGACCUGGCCCCGCCCACUUCGCCGCCGGCGGGGGGAGACUCCCUCGCCUUCUCUCGCGCGCUCGCUUCCGUGUUGGAUUGGUCCGCUCGUCCCCGGCGCUCUCUCAUUGGCCCAACCCGUUUCGUCUCGCGCCGGGCUCUCGGCUCCGUCCCGCUGAUGCGCCGCCGGCAACAACGGGAACCAGGAGGGCGUGAAGAACGGAGAGCCGACAAAAUGCGGCGGGCAGCAAAGUUGCGAGCGGAGAACCGGCGGGCGAGGGGCCCGGCAAAGAAGGCGGCCAGAACCGGACGCGGGGAGGAAGAACCUGCUACAAGAGAGCCAGCAACCACCCAGCAAAAUCCCAAGCAGAAGACGGUGAGGGUUCCUCCCGCACGGUUGACAAGGUGGAAGACUCUGCCCCAGACCACCAGGGACUUCAUUGCUGACGCCAUCGACAGAGCCCUUCUAAGCUCGUUGCCCCGAACGGAUUCGGACCAGGAAGCCAGUUUGCAGCUCUUGAGACAGCUGGAGAGGAGGUUGCUAGACCGGUGCUCGUCCCUCCUCGUGCCCCCGGGGAAGCUCAAGGACCUGAAGGACUGCCGGAGGUUGCUGGUGCUGGAAGAGGCGCAGUUGAAGGAAGGUGAAGCUGCCCUGCAAAACCUGCAGGAGGAGCUGGACCGUACCCUCGACAGGCUCGAGAGGAACCGCGAUGAGGCUGAGGUGCUGCAGGAGGAGAUCGGCCAGCUGAGGGGCUUCCUCGAGGAGGCGGAGGAUCAGGGAAUGCAGGACAGAGCCCCUGGAGUCCUGAACCUUCCCCCACUUCCCCCGGAAAGUUUCCAGCAGCCAACGCUUCAGGAUCAGCUGAUGUCCGUCAAGAACCCGCGCCAGAUCCUCUCUGAGCUCCACGCCCUCCAGCGAUCCAGCCACGUUCAGAUGCUGUCGGGCUUCCUGGAGCAGGCCCACGCCGCAGCCGAGCUCCUCUCCUUCCCCGGCUGCUGAGGGCUUGGUCUCUUCUGCCAUGUCCUGCUGCCGUCCUCUCUGUCUCUCUCACACGCUAUAGGACUUCAGAGCAGCUACAAUAAAGUGACUCCGU